CUACACCCCACUUCCCAAUACACACUCCGGUGUUCACAAUUUGACAGUUGGCUUCAAAUACUUUUUUACUGUCAUCUGACUGAAGAUUUCUCGGGAGAGAUAAUUGCAGCAAUAUGGUAUAUUACUUCACAUCGAAUGUGGUUGAGCCAUCCGCUUUUAUCUAUGUCGGGAAAGACAAAUUUGAGAAUGAGGAUCUUAUAAAAUAUGGAUUAGAGAAGGAUGUUUGGUUUCAUGUUGAUAAUCUGUCCAGUGCACAUGUCUAUCUUCGCCUCCGUGACAGUGAAUCAUGGGACAAUAUCCCACAACCCCUUCUAGAAGACUGCGCACAGCUUACGAAGGCGAAUUCGAUCGAGGGGAAUAAAAAAGAUAACAUCACGAUCAUCUAUACACCAUGGUCAAACUUGAUGAAAGACGGGUCUAUGGCUACUGGUCAAGUCUCCUUUCACAAUCCCAAGUUGGUGCGCAAAGUUUUCGUUCGACAAAGGGAGAAUAUUAUAGUCAACCGGCUUAAUAAAACUCGCGUGGAAAAACAUCCCGAUCUUAUGGCAGAGAAAGAGGAAUCUCUGAAAAAGAAGCAGAGAGAGGAGAGGAAGACCAGAGACGAGCAGCGAGCAAGAGAAAAGAAAGAAAAGAGAGAAAGGGAACAGUUGAAGUGGCAGAAAGAGCAUGCCUACGAUGAUCUGAUGAGUGAGGAGAACGUCCAGGGAAGCAGCAAUCAAGAUCGGGAUCCUGACUUCCUUGAUGACUUCAUGUGAUUACAAAAAUCCAGCCUCCGUGGGAAACCGUUCUAUGGAUAUAUCAAACCAAUCUUUCCACCUCCACAUCGACUUAGACAUACUACUGGACACCUGAGAACAUUCCCAUUUUGAUCACCGGUUCUACCUGGUUUCUCAUCGGAGAUCAAAGCAAGCUCUGGUUAGUUGAUAUAUUUUUAUUGUAUAUAUUUUUUGAUUUAUUAGCGAUCCUGCUGGCCAUGUCUGGUUUAAUUAUAUCCUUCAUGGUAAGUUUUCCGUGUACUGUUUUAUUUAACCUUCGCUCUUGAAGUAUACUACGUGGCGCUGAGAUGUAGGUAGCUAAUGG